CUUUAUUCUUUGACAUUAAAAGGUGAUCAAAAUCCAAUUUACUUCCUCUCUGCCUCGAUUUAGUCGGGUGUGAGGGGCUGAGGGGCCCUUCGUGAUGGGCUCAUCCUUUAUAAAAGCCAUUUUCCUCCACCCAAACAGAGCCGUAUCUGCGUCUUUAACCAGGACACAACAAUAAUUCAAUGAAGACAUCCGCUGCAUUCAUUUCAUCAGCAGUUCUCUUUUUGCUCUCUCAGGCGGCCCUGCUCUGCGCGGCGGCGGCAAGUUCUGCCGCACUAGUGCUGGACGCCGACGGGAAACCCGUCCGAAGCGGCGUCAAGUACUACGUGGUCCCGGUGACGAGCAAAACCGGCGGCGGCGGGCUUGACCUGGCGUCCACCGGGAAACAAAAAUGCCCCAAGGCCGUCGUGCAAGACGCCGAUCCGAAACUCCCGGGGCAAGCGGUGGCGUUCUACCCCGUGAAUCCCAAGCACGCCGUCGUCCGCAACGGGACGGACCUGAACGUCGAAUUCCCCGACGCGGCGAACGAGUGCCCCAAGUCGUCCAAUUUCUGGUCACUCACCGGCGAUCCGGAGAGCACGGAUAUGCGCCACUUCGUCGGGAGCGGCGGCGAGAAGGGGCGGCCGGAAGUGUACGGAAACACGAGAAAUUGGUUCCAGAUUCUGAGGACGGAAAAGGGCUACAAGUUCAAUUUCUGCCCGGAUGCGGUGUGCGGGUGCAAUCCUGUGUGCCAGGAUGUAGGGAUUACGGUGGAGAAGGGGAAGAGGCUUCUAGAACUCGGCAUCGCCUUCAACUCCAAGUACUCUCUUGAGGUUAACUUUAAGAGGGCCAAUAAAAAAUGAUCAUGCUAUAAUAAACCUAUAAUCACACCAAAUUUAAUGCCAAAGUUUGACAUUAUGAGUUUCACAGACAUAGACAAAUGAUUAUUAUCUCGGUCGUAUAGAUAAUUAUUAUUUGUGGAUGUGUUUGAAUGACAUGUUAUCAAGUUUGGUUGAUGAGAUAUUGGUGUGAUUAUAUAUUUAUGAGACUUGAUUAAAAAUUGAAUACUCCGUAAUAAAGAUUACAAUGUUUGUAGCAUUGCAUUGCCCAAAAUAAAAUGAUGUUGGUCUU